AUGGCCUUCAAAUGCAUGACCGGUCAAGCCCCUAAAUAUCUUACAUCCCAAUUUAUUACCCGUGAGCAAGUUAGCGAGCGAACAACUCGGAGUAACCAAAAGCUAAAGAUCCCUCUUUUCAGAACUGCCUCAGGACAGAGAACCUUUUAUUACAGCACUGUUAAACUUUGGAACAAUUUGGAAUCUUUUCUUAACCCAUUCGCCCCUGAACCGCCCGUAACCGCCCGUGCGGAUCCAGGUCCUUUCUAUCCUUUGUGACGUCAUCAGUUUUAACGGUCAAGGACAACUUUCUUCGCUAACUUGUGCAGAGUGAAGAGAUCUUUCAAACCAUACCAGAAUGAGCACAAUUCAGUCAAGGAUACCGGAGAAAGAAGCAAAAAACCACGUGACAAGGACCUGAAAAUCUCCAUGAAAAUCUUGUUCCAUUACCCACCUACCUUUCCUUUCACCUAAUCCUAAGAUCCUAAAAGCUUUCCUAAAAACUCUUCCCACCAAAAUGAAGCCUACUAAAUGCCCAGCAAGAGAAAAAAAAAUGAGGCAAGAAAAGCGAAAAAAGAAGGGAGGAGAGAAAUUUUGCUUUCUGCGCAUGCCCGAACUUCGCAAGCUGAUAUUUUGCAUCUGGAUCAGAAGGCCGCCAAGUGUACGACCUGUAAACCGGUUUGUGGUAAGUUUUAGCUCUUUAUAGCACGACAGUGACCAGAAAACCACUCGACUAGCUUCAAAACGCGUUUUUCGGCAAAAUCUCCAGGAGCGAAUGGGUUAAUUUAAGCCAAUCUGUUGAAAUUUUUAAACGUUCCAUAAGGAGCCAGCUUUCAGAUAAUUUUGUGAAUACUUCUUAGUUAAGUUUAAAAACAUUGUAAUUAAUAAUUAGCUAAAAUUUUAAUUAGUAUUAGAUUAUUUAAGUGUUUUAAUUAGUUAUUAUAAAUAAUGUAAUAUAAGCAUUGUUCCUGAAAAGCCCCUUUGGGGAGGUAACGGUAAAGUAUGUAUGUAUGUAUAGUUUCCGUAACACCAAGAAAUACCCCAGCUAAUUGAGAAGAUUUGCAUGCGUUGCCCUUUUUGUUAUUUAUUUCAUAAAUAAAUUUACAAUUUUUAAAUAAAUUUAUAAAUUUAAAUUUACUGGUCUAGUUGCACUCACUGAUUCGAGCAAACGUUGCACAACCUUCAGCAGAUCUUGACAAAAGCUUAGUACAAUGGAACCUCGAUAUAACGAAGGGUCAAGGAACUGACAAAAUGUGUUCACUAUAACGAGUUUUUGUGUUAACGAGGUUCGUUUCCAUAUAUGUUUUUGUUAGUAGAGCAAAUUAAAGAAAAUCGUUCGUUAUAUUGAGGACUUCGUUCUAUAGAGGUUGGAUAAUUAUAUCGGGGUUCGACUGUAAUAUUCAUUCAUGUAAAUAUCGGUUGAUUUAUUUAUCAUUUUUUCAGCUUUACCUAUUAAUUGGAAUGUGACCGUUGAUAGCACCUCAAGAACUUCGAUGACAGUUCAUUGGGAGAAUUUAGCACCGCUCAUCAACGAGACCGUACUCUAUUAUAUCGCAAAUGCCCACCAUGGUAACCUAUCAAGAGCAGCAGUCGUUUCUGGAGAUUUAUACAGUGCAAGCGUUCUGGGGCUGUCAACUUACACUGAAUAUCAAGUAAACGUCAUUGGAAUAAACAGCGUUGGUCAACCCUACAACAGCUCAAACGUGACAGCUCUAACAGAGGGAGGAGGUAAGUGUUGUAUAACGUUUUGGGCAAAACACGUCACGCCACGCCACCCUACGCCAAGAACGAAAAUAAUACUUUAUUUCACUGUUACUAGAUCAUCGUUUCUCAAGAUAACACAUGGAACCAUUGUAACGUCCGUUAAAGCUUCACUCUAG